CCGAAAUCAGUUCAUAUUUUCCGCAGCUCCGCUAUUUCCGUUCUCUUCAGAAGGCCAGGGAAAACAUAGGGAACAAACAGAUUGCGGAUACGCUAGAUGUGCGAAAUAUUCUGAAAGUCUAAUCGUAGGCUAUUGAAUAGGUCUACUGGCUACGUUAUUUUCUGGAUUAAUCCUUGGAUACGCAUCGAUGUUUUGUUCAUGAAGACGAACGCGACGGACACAAGGAGACUUGCAACUUGUGAAAAGUUGCGCUUUGGAUAAUCACUCAUUCUGAUUAAACGCGCUAGGCUACAGUAAAACACUGUUUGAAGUAAGGAUGGCACCAGGCUGUUUGUGUUGUGUGAAAUACAUGAUGUUUCUUUUCAAUCUGUUGUUCUGGUUGUGUGGGUGUGGUCUGCUGGGGGUGGGCGUAUGGUUGUCCGUUGCCCAGGGCAACUUCGCCACCUUCUCUCCAUCCUUCCCCUCCCUCUCCGCUGCCAACCUCAUCAUCACCUUGGGAACCGUCGUCAUGCUAACAGGCUUUCUGGGUUGUCUGGGUGCUGUCAAGGAAAACAAGUGCUUGCUGCUAAGUUUUUUCAUAGUUCUGUUGAUCAUUCUGCUGGUUGAACUGAUUCUGCUGGUCCUGUUCUUCGUAUAUACUGAUCAGGUGAGUGAAAAUGCCAAACAGGACCUGAAGGAUGGCCUACGGCUCUAUGACACGCAGGACAAUAUCGGACUGCGUAAUGCGUGGAACAUCAUCCAGAGGGAGUGGCACUGCUGUGGGGUCAGCGGGUACACUGAUUGGUAUGAUGCCCUGAAGGAGAAGAGAGUGCCGGACCGCUGCUGCAAGAACCACUUCCUGGACUGUGGCCGCAACUCCUCUAGCUCCAGCCUGUGGUCUCAGGGCUGCUAUGAGAGAGUGGAGGAGUGGCUAGAUGACAACAAACACUUGCUUGGAACUAUCGUCAUGGGCGUGCUGGUUAUACAGCUGCUGGGGCUGGCCUUCUCCAUGACACUCUACCAGCAGAUCCACCGUGCUGGGAAGAAGUACAGUGCCUAGAGAUACCAUAGACGUUCACUCUAUGAAACUACAUCUCCCAGAAUUCCACUCUACCAGCAGAUCCACUGUGCUGGGAAGAAGUACAGUGCCUAGAGAUACCAUAGACGUUCACUCUAUGAAACUACAUCUCCCAGAAUUCUACUCUACCAGCAGAUCCACCAUGCUGGGAAGAAGUACAGUGCCUAGAGAUACCAUAGACGCUCACUCUAUGAAACUACAUCUCCCAGAAUUCCACUGACAGUGACAGUCCCCUGCCAUUUGUUGCCAAUAGACCUCUCCAGAAUAAGUCCCGCCUCCUAACUUCCGUAUCCAUCCAACUUCCUGGCGUCGAUUGUCUAUGGGAAAUAACAUGGCGUU